AUGGCCCCCGAAGCGCCAGUGGAUGACCCUGUCGCCAGGCGCACGCGGCCUGGGAGAAAGUAUACCUCACGAGCCUGUGAAGAAUGUCGUCGCCGCAGAGCCAAGUGUGAUGGUGUUCGCCCGACUUGUUCUCGCUGUCUGGACCGCGGGGUGCGCUGCCAGUAUUCCACAGCUGAAGAUGGCAGACAACCAGCGCCCAAGUCCUAUGUGGUGAUGCUGAGAAAUCGGAUUCAGCUUCUCGAGCGUGUUCUACAUGCUCAUGGUAUCGAUGCGGAUGCUUCGAUUGCCCAAUUUUCAGCUAAAAGCGAUUCGCCUGGGCAACCACCCGAUUCGGGCGGUACAGCUGCGUCAAAUGUCGACGAGUUAUGUUUGACAUUUGACGGUGCAUUGACCUUGGAUGAGUCUUUGAACUUCGAUCAAGAUGGUGAAGUCAGAUACUUCGGUCCGUCUAGUGGUCGUUUGCUAUUUCGCUCACCGGGGAAUGAUUCACCUAGCGAGGAAGCAAGCCAAAUUGAUGCUCAUUGCACGGGAUAUUACACCUCACUUUCAGAGUCCCCAGCGAUGCCAGUGCCAGAACCAGAGCCCUACCUCAACACAGAGAAAGACAUCCCAGACGACAACGGAGUGUCAGAAGAACUCCAAGCCCACUUGAUUGAUCUCUACUUCGAAUGGGAGCAGCCAUGGUUUCAGGUGGUGAAUGAGAAGCUAUUUAGAGAAAGUCUCGUCUGUGCCGGUCGAUAUUGCAGCCCUUUGCUGCUGACCUGCGUUCUCGCUUCGGGCUCAAGAUAUUGUGACCGUGUCGAAGUACGAUCUGAUCCAAAUGAUUCAAAUACAGCUGGCAGGAAGUUUAUCGAAAGAGCCGAAAGACUGGUCCAACAUGAUCUGCGAUGGCCGAAGAUUACGACCAUCCAGUCUUUAGCUAUCAUGGGCUCAGUCUACAUUGCUAUGGGGUCAGACGCUGCGGGUUGGCUUCACCAAGGAAUGGCUAAUCGCCUCGCUCUCGAUAUGGGCUUCAACAUGGACCCAGCGGUUCUUGCGGGAGCUGUCGCCCUUCCAGCCAUUGAAAUUGAGCUGCGAAGACAGAUAUACUGGGCUUUGUACUGUCAUGACAAGCUGUCAGCUAGUUAUACUGGGCGGGUUUGCACGUUGCUGGACUCUCAAGGCGCAGUGAAAAAGCCCUUCCUCCAAUGCGUAUCUGACGUGCACCUCCCGUCUGCCGAUGGGAAUCUACGAGGUGCCUCACAAAAGAAUGUUGUCCAGUUACAUCAGGCAAUGAUUGAUCUUUGUCGAAUUUUGGAGAAGAUCCUUCUAUCUCUUUGGUCUCCCAAGCCGUUAUUCCACGCCCAUCACCGAUCGGCAUUUUUCGACUCCUGCGUCCUCGAGCUCAAAACGUGGUAUUACGACCUACCAUCGGAACUGAAAAUCGAACGACCAUCUGGACCAUCACGAUUCGCUCAUACGUACACCCUCUACAUGGUCUAUCACACAGCAUUUAUUCUACUCUGUGGCCCCUUCCUCAGCGGAAACCAACCACCAAAGAACGAAGAACAAAACAAGUCCCCCGAACAACAAGAAAAAAUACCAGAGAACCCCGCGUCCCAAAAGGCAUUGACCGCCUGCUCCGCCUCAGUCCGAUCAAUGAUCUCCAUCGCACAAAAAUACAGGCACACAUUUGGCAGUUUCAAACUCAGCCCUGUAACCGCGACAUACUGCACAUUGUCCGCAGCACUGAUUAUUAUCGAGAGAUGUUGCUCGCCAGAGAACUACGGCAAACCCAGCCCCCAAGAAGAAGGUGCCCGAACUCUAUCGCCCCAUGCAGCUGCUGGGCUAUGUUUCCAGGUUCUUCGGGAGCUUUCUACUUCGUGGAAUAUCGCGAAACGCAUUGGUAGGAAUCUGGAGAAGGUUUACUGUGAUCGCUUUGGACAGCAUAUCCCCUCUCCGCCGUACGACUACAGACCUCCCCCAUGCCCGGUUGCAUGUCAACCUAUGGACUCGAAUCAAGCAUUGGAAUCUGGGAUAAUUCCCAUGCAAGCAUUCGAUGCGUUCUUUGAUGCGAGAGGCCUUGUGACUGAUGACCCUCUCGCGCUUUAUCCUGAAAAUCAGGUACCAAUCUACGCCGAAGGUAUGGCCGGUCAACCUUUUGUACCUGCGUUUGAAGGGGUGAAUAUGGAUGUGCUUCAGAAUUUGCCAAGUGCUGCGGAGUUGUUUGCGAGUGGUCAUGGUUUUGCUUUCACGCCUGACUGCCUCCCGAGCGAUUAUAACAUGUUUGAUACACUGAAUCAGAUGUAUUUAGAAGAGACUUGGUGA